AGAACGAAAACUGACAUUUAAUUUCAGAAACGUCAAACAAUUGUUGAAAAUCAUUUUCGUGGGCAGGUAUUUACUUAUAAAAUUACAAAAUGCCUGCUGGGACAUCAGCUAUGGAUCCUUUGAGAGAAAAGGCUUUUCAAGAUUAUAGAAAGAAAUUAAUGGAACACAAAGAAAUCGAAUCAAGACUUAAAGAUAUGAGAGAACAAUUGAAAGAUCUUACUAAACAGUACGAUAAGAGUGAAAACGAUCUGAAAGCUCUUCAGAGUGUGGGGCAAAUUGUUGGCGAGGUGCUGAAACAAUUGACUGAAGAGAAAUUUAUUGUGAAAGCCACAAAUGGACCUCGCUAUGUGGUGGGCUGCCGUAGACAACUGGACAAGAACAAGCUGAAGGGUGGCACCAGGGUUGCAUUGGACAUGACCACCCUUACGAUCAUGCGUCAUCUGCCUAGAGAGGUGGAUCCUCUGGUGUACAAUAUGAGUCAUGAGGACCCCGGUGAUGUGACUUACUCAGCUAUUGGUGGUCUGCAAGAACAGAUCCGACAAUUGAGAGAAGUAAUAGAAUUACCUCUGAUGAAUCCGGAGUUAUUCCUGCGUGUUGGUAUCACUCCGCCUAAGGGAUGUUUGUUGUACGGUCCUCCGGGUACAGGGAAGACAUUGCUGGCUAGGGCCGUCGCUUCACAACUUGAUGCUAACUUUUUGAAGGUGGUAUCAUCAGCUAUUGUAGACAAGUACAUUGGUGAAUCUGCCCGUCUUAUUCGUGAGAUGUUCAACUACGCGAGAGAUCAUCAGCCCUGUAUCAUAUUUAUGGAUGAAAUAGAUGCUAUCGGUGGCAGACGUUUCUCUGAAGGUACGAGCGCUGAUCGUGAGAUCCAACGUACAUUGAUGGAACUCCUCAAUCAGAUGGAUGGUUUUGACUCGCUGGGUCAAGUCAAGAUCAUCAUGGCCACCAAUAGACCUGAUACACUGGACCCUGCGCUGCUGCGUCCCGGGAGACUUGACAGGAAGAUUGAGAUACCUCUGCCGAAUGAGCAGGCCAGGUUGGAGAUAUUGAAGAUCCACGCGGCACCUAUUGCGAAACAUGGCGAGAUGGAUUACGAAGCUGUUGUGAAACUCUCCGAUACAUUCAAUGGAGCUGAUUUACGUAAUGUUUGUACUGAAGCUGGAUUGUUUGCUAUAAGAGCGGAGAGAGAAUAUAUUAUACAGGAGGAUCUUAUGAAAGCGGUUCGUAAAGUUGCUGAUAAUAAGAAAUUGGAAAGCAAAUUGGAUUACAAACCAGUUUAAUUUGGCAUUAUA